AUGCCCAAGCGCAAGGCACAUCCUCGGCCCGAAGACCAAGAUAAUAACACUUAUCUUCGAGUCCGCUCCAUACGGGCUUGUGGAGAGUGCCGCCGACGGAAGCGAAAAUGUGACGGUCGUAUGCCUUGCUCAUCCUGCGCAGGCCAUGGCUACCGCUGCGAGUACGACACCGAUUCAACAGUAUCGAAAGAUUCCUCUGGUGAAUUUUCGCCAGCUCAAUGCGAUCGACCAACGAAGCAAGGUGUUGACUUUGGGGACUCCAUGGGACCGUCUACAGGAGAACUCAAUUCUCGUCAAUUCGGGGAACACGAUGAAAGCGACUCAUGGUCCAAAGUUGUAAUUCGAAGUCAACGGUCUCGCGUCAUCAGUAGUCACAGCGCUGUCGCUUUGCCGCGUAUUUUGGGCCAUGAAUUGAACGAUCCAACUCCCCCUCGAUUACAUUCGUACGGAUGGAAUCUUGGGCUCCGUGCAGAAUGUCGGAACAGAUUUCAUUCCAAAAUAACCUCUUUACUCUCCGAAGAAGAGUGUUACACUCUGUCCACCGUCUUUUUCAGCGCAGUGCACCCAACAUUUUCUUUUUUACAGCAGGAAGCCUAUUUCGAACAAGUUCAGUCCAAGUGGACAUCCAUGCAAAACGAACCUGGCCUUGAAGCGGUUAUCUGUGGAGUGGCCGCAUUGGGGUCGUUUUUCUCGACACCAUCACACCCGCUCGAAUCAGAGCUUGUUGGCCAGUGCUUGUCUAUACUAGAUAUGGCACAUGCAGAGCCGGUUAUUCGUUUGAGCAUGGAGCUUUUGGCUGGCUGGAUACUCCGUACUAUAUAUAUGAGACUGACGACCCGACCAUAUAUUGCCUGUCUGGCUAGUCAAACUGCCAUGCAUGUUGCCGAGACGCUCAGUUUACACAGAGAUCUGACAUCCAGGUCCAUGACCACCGCGUCGGAUCAGUUGGAAGUUACUCGAGAGGAGGCUGAAACGCGGCGGCGUUACUUCUGGAUUAUAUGGUCAUUGAACUACAUAUUAUCGACAGAAUAUGGCCUCACACCAGUGAAACUGCAAUCAGUGACUUGUCGCUUGCCUUCUCGCGACCCCGGGGCCUCUGGAGACAAAUUUGUCGGUCUAGCUCUUUCACUGCAAAGUGGUUUUGAAGACCUUCGAAACCUGAUUCCCAAGGGAGAAAUCGAAUGCUAUCUGGGUAAUUCUAUUGCCAUUGAGGAAGAACCAGCACUCCUAGCAGUUUUCAGAGCUGACAUAUGCCUCUGCCUUUUGCGACGGAUGCUUUGCGUCACUCGCGCUAUCAACAAGUCUAGCUCAUCUGCCAUUGUGACUAUCAUUCAAAAUGCCUUUGAGAAAAUUCACGAGUUGACCACUCUACAACAGCCGUGGUGGAAUUUGGUAAGUGUGCCCUUUCAAACCAUCUGUGUCUGUCUAUGGUUUGAUUCUCUUCCGAUCCUCUCUCUUCUUCCAGAGGCCAUGGACCUCCUUCGGUUGGUUGCACAUACUUUCGAUACACAUUUGACCAGAGAGGCUCUUGCAACUGCUCAGCAUUUGACAAAUGUCUCACGAGAGCGUGAAGCAGAAAAAGGCAGGUUAAGAGACGCAGCUGUGGGUGAUUAUAUGUACGCGCUGCCUGCGGCUGACGAAGACUUCCCAUUUCCAAUCCCAGGGUUUGAUCCGCUGGAUGACUGGCUGCGUCUUCCACUUUGA